AAUAAGUCCAUCCGUGAAAUUUCCAUACUAAUAAAUAUUCCAUGGUCAACUGUUAGUGGUAUGAUAACAAAGUGAAAGCAACAGCAGCUUAGCCACAAAGUGGGAGGCCAUGUAAAAUGACAGAGCGGGGUCAACGCAUGCUGAAUCGCACAGUGCACAAAAGUCACAAACUGUCUGCAGAGUCAAUAGCUAAAGACCUCCAAACUUCAUGUGGCCUUCAGAUUAGCACAACAGUGCAUAGAGAGCUUCAGGGAAUGGGUUUGCAUGGCCAAGCAGCUGCAUCCAAGCCUUACAAUGCAAACCGUCAGAUGCAGAGUUUUGAUAGCAUGGUAUAAAGCACGCUGCCACUAGACUCUAGAGUAGUGGAGACGUGUUCUCUGGAGUGCUGAAUCAUGCUUCUCUAUCUGGCAAGCCGAUGGAUGUGUCUGGGUUUGGUGGUUGCCAAGAGAAUGGUACUUGCCUGA